CGUGUGAAAAAUAAAAACAAAAUCGAUUUAGUGACAAUAAUGACAAUCCGUUGAUUCUUACAAAAUUUUAGUACAACAACAAAUUUGGUUUUAUCAAAAUUAUGCGUUGAAAAAUUUAAUAUUUCUAAUGCAAGGACGACUAAAUAAAAACGAGGCUGAGAUAUGGCCAGGAAUGAAGUAGCCGAACGUAUUAUUGACAGUUUGGCAUUUGAAGUGGAGGCAUCACCACAAGAUAACAUCUUGGAAGUUUCUGGAACCUCCAAGUCUACUCCGCUCAAUCUAAAAAUCAAAGUUCGUAAAAAAGAUGAAGCGUUAUUUCAGCAGGGGGUCGUAUCUGUCCCUAAACUAGGACAACCGAAAAAAUCACCAGAUAAAAUCAGAUUAGUCAACAGCGACCAAACUGUCUUGUCGUUCAAAGUGUUCGUCGACACUGAUCCGGAGAAGAAGCCUGCGAAGAAGCGUAAAAGAUUUUUUGGAGGGUGUCUAAGUUCAGAAGACUACGAUGAUGAUGAUACCUAUAUAGAAAGCAACAAUACGACCAAACCAGGUGAAGUUGCAAAACUCAAUUUCGGUCUAUCAAAAAAUGUUGAGGACAUGCAGCUACAAACACGCAAGCCCAUCAUGUUCUUCGGUAAUACAUGUAAACCAGGUGGGUGCUUAGAUCCUCCUUAUGGUGAAGACAGAUAUUCAUAUGGACCAAAGAAAUGUAAUGUCAAAAUUCCCACUGAAAAUAGAUAUUCACAUGGAACUACGGAAUAUAAAGACAAAAUACCCACUGAAAAUAUAUAUUCAGAUGAAACGACGGAAAAUAAAGACAAAACUCCCACUGAAAAUAAAGAUUCACAUGAAUCGACGGAAUAUAACGACAAAAGUCCAACUAAAAAUGAUACAGAAAUUAGUUAUGCAAUUACAAACGACAGUAUGGUUGAAUCACUGGAUAAAACAACAAAAAAUUGUGAACCUAAAACUUUGACUCCUAUUGUAGUAUCUGGUGGAAUCAGUAGAACAAGCAAUCAAAAAAGAAGUAUUCAGUCUAUAGACGUCAAGCUAUCAUUCCGAGACCUUGGCGACCUUAGUCAUUUUAGUUUAGUCAAAGACUUCGUUGAAAAAAAAAGAAUAACACAAUCUGAAAAUAUUUUAGAGGUACCUACUCCUGAGGAUGAAAUGGUUAUAACAAAACUUUACCCUAAAGAUAAUGACAGUAGUUUUCAAAGCGAAACAACUUCGUCUACACAAGGAAAUGAAGAUAAUUUCGCCACUACUACACUGGAAGUCGAAGGAGCUACACUUAUAUUAGGAGCAGCAGCAAUUCAAGAAAUUAAACGUUCAAAGAAAGAAAAUUCAAAUCAAGAAAAAGAAUCAACUACACCGAUAAACAAAAAUGAAAACAAAAAAAAUCUUAGAUCUGGGGAUGACGGUCAAAAUGCUUCUGACAUCAUGGUUUAUCCAGAAAAAGAAGUUUUAAACACCCCUACAGUUAAAUCAGACGACGCUUUUCAUAAUUUGGAUACCAAUGAAUAUGAUGAGGACUUCAUAACUGUAGGGGAGACAGUUAAACCCAUUAAUGCUAACAAAAUUUCAAAGAAUGCAGAACCGAGAGAUCUUCAAAUUACACCUGACUUAGACAAGAAUCGCGAAGAUGAAAACGAAAAUUACGCGCGGGAUCAGAAAUUACAAUCUAGGGAAGAUAAUAAUAUUAUUCAAAGUGAAAAGUAUGCAUCAAGAGAUAACUUAUCAAAUUCAAAUGAGAAAUUGAUAAAAGGAGGAAAUGACGAUACAGGGAACAUUAUACCUGAAAUAAAAAAAACUAGUGACGUAACAGAUGAUAACAUUUCUCAUGACGCUUUUCAAACUAAUGACCACGUACAAAACCACGUAAUAAAUGAAAUUAUGAGUAAAAAUAAUACAGAGGCAAAUGGUAAAUCAAAUGAUCAACCUGUCGACGAACUUGCAAUAAAUUUAAACAGUGAUAACAAUGAGAAUUCACCAAUGCUUGAAGACUUGAAUAACACAAAUGACGGCAUACAUAUAAAAACGGUUGAAAAUAAAUUUGGCACAGAUGAGAAAAAAAUGCUUAAUAGUGAUGAAAAUGGAGAAUUGUACGAUCUUGAAGACUUGAACAAAACAAGAGAUGUCGUAAACAUCAAAAAUGUUCCUCAUCAAUUUAGCACAGAUGAUGAAAAUAUUCUCAAAAAUCAACAAUCUGAAUUAGAGAAGCCCGAAGAAUUAACUAAAACAAGUGACCGUGACUUGAAUAAACAAAGUGACAUGGAUAGUAUUCGCGACAAAUCCUCUAAAAUUGACACACAUAAGGCAGACAAUAUAAAUAAUUUACGACAAACACAAGCCUCUAACGAAUUAACUAAUCCCGAGAUUGCAAAAACUUCAAGCAGCAGUGGAUAUGAUAAUAUGAAUUUAAAAGUAGACUUCAUUAAUGAUGAUACACUAGUUAUGGAUAAUGAUAAGAAUAAAUUGAAAGAUAAAGAUCAAGCAAUUGAUUCCAUUAUAAGUUCUCGAGAUGGAUCUAAAUUUCAAGUAAAAAAAGAUUUCAUAAAUAUGAACCUUGCAUUUCAAUCGUACACUAAUGAUCAAAAUGAGAGCGUCAUCAAAUCACUUGAUAGCAUAACAGACAUUAAAAGGGAACCCCAAGACAAUGUAACAAUUAUAAAAUCCCAAUUACGAAUAGACGCACCAAAUAUGAUCAAAGUUCCUAUAGACGCUCGUAACUACAUGACGCUCCAAGUGAAAGCGAGUGGGCAACAAAUAUCUCCUCAAACAUCAUCUCGUACAACUGAAGGAGCAGCUUCGAGAGGCCCUAAGAAACCAUCUUCUAAUGUAGGGUCGGCUUCGACGGGAUCUGAAAAAUCACCUAUUUUAGAAGAUCUUCCGUUUUCUGUUUCCAAGGGAUCGGAUCACCGGGGCAUUUUAACAAAAGUGCCAUCACGUGGCUCACAAAAAAAUGAUGUAGAAUCGUUUCAAAAUCUACUGUCAACGGUUUACGAUCACCAACUGAUCCCACUGCAUCGUCUCAUUUCCGAUUUAAAGACAGACGUGGACAAAUUGGCAUCUGAACAACUUUGGCUAAAGGAAAACUGUCGUAGGAUAAGAAAACCCGCCAAACUUACACAUUCUAGUAGAAAAUGCGGAUGUUCCAGAAAAUUUAACUAGACUAGAGGAAUAAAUAUAUUUUGAACGA